GGACAAACCUCGGUCAACUCAGAACUCCUAACUGAAAAACCUCACUUUGGCUUCUUCCUUAUUACCAUAAAAAAAAAAAAAAAAAAAACGAUCUCCACUUUCGUCUGCUGCUGAAUUAAUCAAAGAGAAAUGCAUUUGAAGACGACCAAACAUCCAUGGCGGUUAUCGCAGGUCCAUCUCCAUCGAAAUCUCUCACGCUUCUCCUGUCGGCGUCUGGCCGAAGCUCCGCCGAAGCUUGACCUCCCGAUCUCCGCCUCGCGCUCGCAAUCUCUCGGGCUAUCAAUUCGUUUUCAGCCCAUUAAUCCCUUGCGCAGACGUUUUUCGGAGCAGUUGCCCGGUUCUUUUGAAUCGGAACAAGAUCAAGAUUUUGCUUCCAAAGAUGCAGAGACCCUUGAGCAAAAGGAGGUUUCAGCUUUGGAGAUUUUGAAGAAAGCAAACUCCUUUCUACCUCAUGUUGUUCUUGCUAGUAUCCUAUUGGCUUUAGUUUAUCCACCUUCCUUUACAUGGUUUACCACCAGGUAUUAUGCACCUGCACUAGGCUUUUUAAUGUUUGCAGUUGGGGUUAAUUCCAGUGAAAAGGAUUUUCUUGAAGCCUUUAAGAGACCAGCAGCCAUACUUGCUGGUUAUGUUGGUCAAUUUGUGGUCAAGCCGCUUCUCGGAUACUUAUUUGGCAUCAUCUCUGUUGCCGUAUUUGGUCUUCCAACUCCUAUAGGUGCUGGGAUUAUGUUGGUAUCUUGUGUUAGUGGUGCGCAGCUCUCCAAUUAUGCUACUUUUCUGACUGACCCGCCAAUGGCCCCACUAAGCAUCGUCAUGACAUCACUUUCUACGGCUACAGCAGUGGUUGUCACACCGUUGUUAUCGCUCUUGCUCAUUGGAAAGAGACUGCCUGUUGAUGUUAAAGGAAUGGUGUCUAGCAUUCUGCAGAUUGUAAUUGCGCCAAUUGCUUCAGGCUUGCUUCUGAAUCGAUUCUUUCCUCGACUAUGUGAUGCUAUUCGUCCCUUUUUGCCUCCACUAUCAGUAUUGGUUACUGCUCUCUGUGUUGGAGCGCCACUUGCUAUCAACAUUAAGUCUGUUUUAUCACCUUUUGGAGUAACCAUUUUGUUGCUCAUAGUUGCAUUUCAUUUAGCGGCUUUUGUAGCCGGUUACAUCCUCACUGGAGUGGUCUUUCAGAAGGCACCUGAUGUGAAAGCAUUGCAAAGAACGCUAUCCUAUGAAACAGGAAUGCAAAGCAGUCUUCUGGCUCUUGCACUUGCAAAUAGAUUCUUCCAAGAUCCACUUGUUGGUGUGCCUCCAGCGAUUUCCACUGUGAUCAUGUCAUUGAUGGGAUUCUCGCUUGUCAUGGUUUGGGCUAAAAAGAAAAAUUAACUACAGAGUGGAACUGCCCGCGCUCGGGACACCUGAGGAUGAAAGCAUUUGGAGGCAAGUACAGAGCUGCCUUCAUCAAAUGUCUAUAUUGCUUUGGAUAGAUUCGUUUCCUUAUUAUAUUUAUUUUCAAGAAUGUUAAACUCCAUUCUUCAUAUCUGAUGGAAAAAGAAAAAGAGAUUCCCUGCUUAAAACAUAGGGGAAGAGCCCAAAUUUUUAUGCAGAGCCAAGAUUAUUUUCCUUCUUUGCUCACGCCUGUUUACAAGAGAUGGAGAGUGAUCUUUGUCAUCUUAAUGAGCAUACACACGCAUUUGUCCCUGAAUAUGAAUGCUAGCUUGUUACUCAAUGAACAUUGUCAAGUUCUGAAUUAUUCUGAUUCCAAGUUUACAAAAAUUUUAUA